AGAGAGAGAGAGAGAGAGAAUGAGAGAGAGAGAGACAGAGAGAGAAAGAGAGAGAGAGAGAGAGAGAGAGAGAGAGAGGAGAGAGAGAGAGAGAGAGAGAGAGAGAGAGAGAGAGAGAGAGAGAGAGAGAGAGAGAGAGAGCACAAUAGCACACUAUGA